ACCCCGCAAGGCCGAUCCUCAGGGAUGAACAUCAGAAUCCUACGUGAGAUGACCACCUCAGAGGAAGAAAACUUGGAAGCUUUGUACACAAAUGCAGCAGACAGCAUCGAAACCCCAUUGGAGGAUUUGAACGCAGCAGGGAAACAGACUGACAAACCCAAAAGGGCUCCACCAUUUUCCCGAGCUGAGAUUAUUGACAUUGUCAAAUUCCUUGAUGAGCACAAUUAUAAGUUGGGGAAGAAAGGCCAAAAAAACCAACAUAAGAGCAAAACUAUGGCAAAACUCUCGGAUCACUUAUUUGGGAAAUAUGGUCAACGCCACAGCUGUCGCCGGAUACUAAAGCGAUUCUCAGAUUUAAAGGUUCGAGAGAAAUCCACCCUGGAGGCCAUACGUCGCCACAUUAAGAGAGACGCGGCAUGUCAGGCAGCCAUUGCCAAGGUUUCUACACAGCCUGAUGUAAUGUUUGCCAAGAUGGAGCAGCCACAGCCCAGUGUCUCCACGGAAAAUACAUUGGCAAAUGAGGAAUUUGUCACCAAUCUGGAUACCAUUUGUCCAUGCCACCAUAACCCUGAACAGUGCAAAAUCAUGGAAAAGUUUGACGCCAUUGAGAGAAAUAUAUUUGACAAGAUGGCUCUUCACCAUAACUUUGUAAUUACAAAAAUAAAGGAGCUUGAAGAAGGUUUCAAUCUUAAAUUUGAGGCACUUUGUCAAAAAAUAGACUCUCUGAAGGAACCAAGGGUUUAAAUCCAACCUUAAAUGUUUUUUCCAAUGGUUAACACGACAGAUUUACAAACCUCUAUCCUUGAAUUGCGUGAGGACAUGAAGUUUGUUUUUAUUUAUAAGUUAAACCCCAAAAUGCUAAAAGCCACAAGUUAAAGGAUUAAUCUAGUGUAGACUACUCCUUCUUCUUCGUGCCUGAGCUUUAAAAAAAAAAAA